CAGCAGCCUCGGCGCGACGUGGAGGGCUGGAGGCGGCGGCGAUGCACUAGGCCUCUCUCUGGGGCGGCUGCCCGGGACCGCAGUUGAGUGGUGAUUUUAUKCAAUGGCUUCAAGCCACAGUUCUUCACCAGUGCCUCAAGGAAGCAGCAGUGAUGUUUUCUUUAAAAAAGAGGUAGAUCCAACAAAACACAUUCGACCUGURCAGUCACUGCCAGAUGUAUGUCCCAAGGAACCCACAGGUGAUUCAAGUAGUUUAUGUGUUACCCCAUCUCUAGUUACAGAUCAAAAUAGAUGGACUAUAUAUCAUUCCAAAGUAAAUCUCCCGGCAGCACUAAAUGAUCCUAGAUUAGCAAAAAGAGAAUCUGAUUUCUUCACAAAAACAUGGGGAUUGGACUUUGUGGACACCGAAGUCAUACCUUCAUUCUACCUCCCACAGAUCAGCAAGGAACAUUUUACAGUAUAUCAACAGGAAAUCUCUCAGAGAGAGAAGAUACAUGAGAGAUGCAAGAAUAUUUGUCCUCCUAAAGAUACCUUUGACAGGACUCUUUUACAUACUCAUGUUAGUGUGAAACAAUUAUGUGGGGGAAUAAAGCAUUCAGGGAAAGGGAAUAGUUUAUAUAAAGCAAUAGAACUGAGAGAACAUAACAUGUUCAAAGAGUGCAAGAGUCUAAUUUUUAUGAAACCAGAUUUUGCCUUGGACGAUUCCUUAACUUUKAAUUCAGUUUUACCAUGGUCUCAUUUUAAUACUGCUGGUGGAAAAGGAAAUCGUGAUGCAGCUUCCUCAAAGUUGCUUCAAGAAAAGCUGAGCCAUUAUCUGGACAUUGUGGAAGUAAACAUUGCUCAACAGAUCUCUCUACGUUCAGAAGCAUUUUUUCAUGCAAUGACCUCUCAACAUGAAUUGCAGGACUACCUCAAGAAAACUUCCCAAGCUGUAAAAAUGCUUYGAGAUAAAAUUKCACAGAUUGAUAAAGUAAUGUGUGAAGGAUCACUACACAUUUUAAGAYUGGCUCUUACCAGAAAUAAUUGUGUYAAAGUAURCAAUAAACUGAAGUUAAUGGCCACUGUACASCAAACUCAGCCUWCAGUGCAGGUGUUAUUAUCUACUUCUGAAUUUGUUGGAGCAUUGGACUUAAUAGCAACWACACAGGAGGUUCURCAGCAGGAACUUCAGGGCAUUCACAGUUUUCGGCAUUUGGGAUCACAGCUUUGUGAAUUAGAAAAACUGAUAGAUAAAAUGAUGAUUGCAGAAUUUUCUACUUACUCUCAUAGUGAUUUAAAUAGACCACUGGAAGAUGACUGUCAAGUUUUAGAAGAGGAAAGACUAGUAUCUCUUGUAUUUGGACUUUUAAAACAAAGAAAACUUAAUUUUUUAGAAAUCUAUGGUGAAGAAAUGAUUAUUACAGCAAAGAAUAUCAUUAAACAGUGUGUGAUUAAUAAGGUUUCACAAAUAGAAGAAAUAGACACAGAUGUUGUUAUGAAGCUUGCAGAUCAGAUGAGAAUGUUGAAUUUUCCCCAGUGGUUUGACCUGUUAAAGGAUAUUUUUUCUAAGUUUAAAAUUUUCCUACAGAGAGUUAAGGCAACAUUGAAUAUUAUUCACAAUGUUGUUCUCUCAGUUCUUGACAAAAACCAAAGGACUCGAGAAUUGGAGGAGAUUUCACAGCAGAAAAAUGCUGCAAAAGAUAAUUCGCUGGAUACAGAAGUGGCUUAUUUAAUCCAUGAAGGCAUGUUUAUAAGUGAUGCAUUCAGUGAGGGCGAAUUAGCACCUAUAGUAGUUGACACUACCUCGCAAAGAAAUGCAUCUCCAAAUAGUGAGCCCUGCAGCAGUGAUUCAGUAUCUGAACCAGAAUGUACUACUGAUUCUUCUUCUAGCAAAGAACAGACAUCAUCAUCUGCUACUCCAGGAGGUGUGGAUAUUAUGGUCAGUGAAGACAUGAAAUUAACUGACUUAGAGCUGKGGAAGCUGGCAAAUAAUAUCCAAGAGUUAUUGUAUAGUGCCUCAGAUAUAUGUCAUGAUCGAGCCGUCAAAUUUCUCAUGUCAAGAGCAAAGGAUGGUUUUCUUGAGAAGUUAAAUUCCACGGAAUUCAUUACACUUUCUAGAUUAAUGGAAACAUUCAUUUUAGAGACAGAACAGAUCUGUGGAAGAAAAAGCAUGUCAUUACUUGGAGCACUUCAAAGCCAAGCUAAUAAAUUUGUAAAUAGAUUUCAUGAAGAGAGAAAAACCAAGCUCAGCCUCCUCUUAGACAAUGAGCGCUGGAAGCAAGCUGAUGUUCCUGCAGAAUUUCAGGAUCUUGUUGAUUCUAUAUCAGAUGGAAAGAUUGCUUUACCUGAAAAAAAAUCAGGGGAAGAAAGAAAACCAGCUGAAGUUCUCAUUGUUGAGGGACAACAGUAUGCUGUUGUUGGAACUGUAUUGCUGUUAAUAAGAAUUAUCCUUGAAUAUUGCCAGUGUGUGGAUAACAUCCCAUCUGUUACUACUGACAUGCUUACUCGUCUGUCAGAUUUGUUGAAGUACUUCAAUUCAAGAAGUUGCCAGUUAGUUCUUGGAGCUGGUGCAUUGCAAGUUGUUGGACUAAAAACAAUAACUACAAAAAAUUUGGCUCUUUCUUCACGAUGUUUGCAGUUAAUUGUGCACUACAUUCCUGUGAUCCGGGCUCAUUUUGAAGCUCGACUACCACCUAAGCAAUAUAACAUGCUUAGGCAUUUUGAUCAUAUCACUAAGGAUUACCAUGACCACAUUGCUGAAAUAUCAGCUAAACUUGUAGCGAUAAUGGAUAGCUUAUUUGACAAGCUGUUAUCGAAGUAUGAAGUGAAAGCUCCCGUUCCUUCUGCCUGUUUCAGGAAUAUUUGUAAGCAAAUGGCCAAAAUGCAUGAAGCUAUAUUUGAUCUUCUUCCAGAAGAACAAACACAGAUGUUAUUUUUAAGAAUUAAUGCAAGUUAUAAACUUCACUUGAAAAAGCAGUUAUCUCACUUAAAUGUGAUAAAUGAUGGAGGACCUCAAAAUGGGUUGGUCACAGCAGAUGUAGCUUUUUACACUGGAAAUCUUCAAGCCUUAAAAGGUCUUAAAGAUUUGGACCUAAAUAUGGCAGAGAUCUGGGAACAGAAGAGGUGACAACUCACUGGAAAACUGGGUAGUUCAYCUAAACAUGGGACAUGUAUGUUUCUGAAGAAUAUCUGAAUGCCUGUGUUUCGAGAACCUGGAACCMAAAGUGAACUGAGGUGGGGGAAAGGGAAAAGGAAAGUAUCAGUGUUGGGAAACUGGAUUCAGUGGAAUCUAUAAGGAAUGCCAUUUUUGUGCAUUCUUAAGUGAGGAGUAACUGAUCAGGUGUCUAUAACAUUUUUCAUUCUCUCUGGAAACAGACUCAGGUUUCUUUGGACCAAAUCCAAAAGAACACAUAGCUGUAACACAGCUGUAGUUGACUAGAAUGCUCUGUAUACUUUAUAUUAAAAAAUGCUUUGCAUUUCUUCCAGUGCAAUGAAAUUCAUAUGGUGUCCCACCUUAUUUAAUGAUGGUACAAUUUAAAAUAUUAAAAUCUUAGUCAACCUCUGUAGAAAGUUUUCUCUAUGAAAGUAAAGCUGUUUGAAAAAUUAUUUUUUUACAGAUCUUUCUAUAAAAAAUAAACAUCUUUUGAUUGCUUGGA